AUGGGUCUCAAAUUUAUUCUAAUAUUGGCAAUAUCGCUUUCGGCGAACGCUCUUUUUCUGUCGACGUUAGGUGACUUCUUGAAUAUUGUACAUCAGCAUUCAAAAGGGAAUAAAAUUGAACAGUGCCCUUGUGUAAUUCAUCCAGCAAGUGGAAAAUGUAUUGUAUACGAUCCACGAUAUCAAGCAGCAACUCUUGAGGAAGCUAUGCACACCUUCCUGGAUCUAACCUCUCCACCUGAUCCUCAAUUAGAUGUCGUGGCAUACACUUGCACAACUGUUGAAUGUCAGCACUGUUUCGGUUUACUGUACUACCAUCUCCUCGACAUUGGAGUUAUCAAUAAGGAUUUCCGACCAGUGACGCAUGCACUCCCACGCUACAUGCUUCAAAAGAAUCUUUGUCCACGGUAUAGAUUUCUGAAGCAUAUAAAUAUCCCACCUCUACCACAACUUAUACCACCACAUGUUCGUACUAUGAUCAUAAAUGGCUUACAAAGAGCAGGAAUACCUUUGCCAGAGGGAAUUGCCACAGAAACAUUUAUGGAUCGAAUUGGACAAUUUGGACCAGAACAACCACAACAACAACACCAAAUAUCACCAACAUCACAGCAGAAUGGAGGACUAGGAUUUGUUGGAGGGUGGAUGUGGAAUCCACAAACAGGACAAUGGCAGCAAUCUGCAUUCGAAAAUGGCGAAGAUAAAUCAAUGACUAAUGAGUCCUUCCCAUUCACUCCUCCAAGACCAUUAGGAAAUCAGCGAAAAUUCACCGGCCAACCAUUUCCAGAACAGGGGUUCCCGGAUGGUCGAUAUCCAUCACCGUAUGGUAGGCUCAAGUUCCCCGUACCACAUCGAGGACAUCAUGUGCCACCUGCAGAUAAUUUUAUGCCCGGAAAUUUUAUUCCACCACAAGUACCGCUUGGAGGUUAUGGGAAACGAAAAAAAAGAGCGGCUAAGCAAGCUAUAGUGGGUUCACGUUUUAUUAUUGGAUGCAGCAAUAGAGGUGAAUCCGAUGACAGUUUACUCGCACUAUGCGGUUCUUGUUGGGCUUGGAGAGAAUUGCCUGAAGAUUAUUUUCCGCGAUUGUUAAAUGAACUAAGCUGUAAAGAGAAUGACUUCUGUCUAUCUGGAUGGGGUGAGUGUGUACAACAGUUUCGAAAUGUUGAUAUUCUACGAAAAGUUGGUGGACAAUGGCAAUCAGCAGCGUUAUCCGUAGCAACAUGUUGUGAUUGUCGAGUUCGUGCUGGCACAGAAGUUCAUUCACUUGUCGUUGGUGAUCGUAAUAAUAUUGCACUCGUUUAA